AUGUCUGGUAUUGUUGGCCGCCACUGGAAUCUACUGGAUGGAGAGACCAUGGAGGGCCUUCAGCUGUCUGUGGACCAACUGAACAAUUCUCUCUCGGCGGUUGCUGCCUUACUGAACAAUAUCACAGACAAAGAUUGUGGAGAAAUCUACCGAAGCUCCAAAGGCCGUAUGGACUCUGGAAUCUACACCAUCUAUCCACGUGCGUCUGGCGGCGGGGACAACAGCGCCCCUCUCCGUGUGUUCUGCCGUGUGCAGGCCGCGGCCGGCCGAGCCUGGACCGUCAUCCAGCGGCGACAGGACGGGUCUGUGGACUUCUACAACCGGACAUGGGAGGACUACAGCCGGGGGUUCGGCAACCUGACGGGAGAGUUCUGGCUCGGGAACGACAACAUCCAUCUACUCAGCAACCAGGGCAGGUACAAGCUGAAUGCUGAUUUUAAAACAUUUAACGAUUGUAUACGGUACGGACUGUCCUGA